AUGUCGAAGCAGAUAGGCCGCUACGUCGCCGACCGAACCGGCAUCAUCUCCUUUGCCAACUUCCCCAUCAUCUGGCUGUUUGGCAUGAGGAAUAACCUGCUCAUGUGGGUGACCGGCUGGGACUUUGGCACAUAUAACAACUUCCACCGCUGGGUUGCUCGCGUUGCGACAGUCCAGGCUGUCAUCCACACCGCUGCCUACGUUAUGCUUAUUCUGAGUGAGGGUGGCUGGACAUACUUCCUCUGGUGGUUCACGCAAAUGUUCUGGUGGGCCGGCUGGUUUGCAACCUUCGGCAUGGUCUUCCUCCUCGUCGCCUCCGUCUUCUGGAUGCGCCGCAAGCAGUACGAGCUCUUCCUCGUCCUCCACAUCCUCCUCUCCAUCCUCACCCUCGUCACCAUGCUCGGCCACGUCUCCAUCUUCAACCACCAGUUCGACAUGCUCUUCUGGAUCCCCUUCUACAUCUGGGUCGCCGACCGCCUCCUCCGCAUGUCCCGCACCCUCGCCUUCAACCUCAGGUUCUGGAACACCUUCGCCCUCGCAACCUACGACGCCACCUCCAACAUCGUCCGCCUCAGCAUCCCCUACCCCACCUCCUUCUACGAGCCCAAGCCCGGCACCUACUACUACCUCCACGUCCUCUCCGACAAGCGCGCCUGGGAGAGCCACCCCUUCACCAUGGCCUGCACCACCCUCAACACCCACCACACCCGCAAGUUCUCCUCCGAACAGACCCCGCUCCUCGUCGCCUCCGACGACAACCCCGUCGAGCCCAUGUCCGAGGUCGACCUGCACCCCCGCACCGGCACCCCCUCCAUGACCUUCCUCAUCCGCCCCUACGACAGCUUCACCGCCCGUCUCCGCGAGGCCGCCGCCGCCCCCUGGCCGCGCCCUGCCCGUCUCCGCGUCUUCGUCGAGGGCCCCUACGGCCACACCCAGCCCUUCUCCCAGUUCGACGACCUGCUCUUCGUCGUCGGCGGCAGCGGCGUCGUCGUCCCCCUAGCGCACCUCCAGCACCUCUGCCGCGCCGCCUCCCGCGCCCGCUCCGUCAAGAUUGUCUGGGCCGUUCGCGAGCUGAGCUUCGCCGCCGACGUCCUCCGCCAGGACUUCGAGGACGCGCUGGACAGCGGCAAGUUGGCCGUGGAUAUCUACGUCACGCAGACGAGCCUCGCGACGAACGCCGUGCGGCCCGACGACUGGCCCGAGCACGUCAGGUUGAUGUACGGACGCCCGGAUGUGAGGGAGGAGGUGCAGGACGCCGCGACCGCGGCCGAGAAGAGCCGGCUUGCGGUCGUGGCGUGCGGGCCAAACGUCAUGGCUGACGACGCGAGGAAGAGUGUCGUUGAGAUGCUUGGACGGGGGUAUUCCAGGAUCGAGUACUUUCAGGAGAGCUUCAAUUGGUAA